CUGCUGGUGUUUGCUGGCAGUGUCCUGCAGGCGCUGAUGAGAGGCUGUGAGUGUGUGAGGAUGCUGCGGCCGCAGCUCGCUGUUUUCUGUGUCUGCUGCAGAGCCGACCAUCCCGCUGACUAACGCGGCGCUGAGCGGCCAAACGAGCCUCCAAACACGGUGUUGAAGCUGAGAGCGGUCCGUGGAGCCUCGGCCGGUGCUCCCACACAGACAGGCUGCUGCUCUCGUUGCUCCUCCUCGACAGACUGUUUAAUUCAAGAGUGCAAAGGGACUUCAACCGGAAACCAAACUUUUUUCUUCGAACUUUUUUUCUGAGGCAGAGGAGGAAAAAGAGACGACCCUUGGUGUCAUAAACUACGCAGUUCCUUGUUUUAUUCAUGUACUUGUGCUGCUAGAACGAAAGCGUUUCUGGCGAGAAGAAGGGCGACGUCGAGUGAUUUUGGGCGAGUCGACAGCCACAUAACGGAUCCUGGUCCUUUAUCAUGGAAGAUGGUGUGAAAAAGGACCCAGCCCAAAACAAAGAGCCAAAGUUCCUGGGUAAGGCUGGCUGGCUAAAGAAGGCCCCAGGCAGACUGUUGGCAAGCUAUAAAGACCGAUACAUCCAUGUGGAGAAGACAGAACUUGUGGUGUAUGACAAUGAGGACCUGCAGAACUGCUUGGAGAGGCUUGAUCUGGAAAACUACGAUACAUGUCAUGAAUUAAAGAGCCCCUUCAAGAAAAAACACAGACUGAUACUGUUGCGAUCACAGAAGUCUGGAAAUAAGGUCCAUGAUGUGAAGUUCCAAGCUCAGACUGCAGAGGAGAAAGAGGCUUGGAUUAAAGCCCUUAGUGAUGGAAUCAAUCGAGCAAAGAACAAAGUCUUUGAUGAGGUAACGGUUGAUGAAGGCAAUAAUUUAGACCAUGUUACACGCACAAGGCCCAAAGGGAACCGUAACCGACGGCCACCGACCAGGAUACACAUGAAAGAGGUAGCCGAAGUGUCGUCUGAUGGUAUCCUGCGUUUGGAUCUGGAUCUAGAAGAUGCAGUAAUGCCUAAUGGGACCCAUCAGGCAAAUGUUGAUGGGUCUCUUAAAGAGGCCGUCACAGUCUCAGAGUCUCAGUCCAACACCAGCAAAGCUGCAGAGGAACAGUUAGUGCCGAGUGCUGAGGAGGAGGUUCAGGGGAAGGUCAGUCCCCAGAAAAAGGUCAUCAAACCUCCUAUGCCACCUUCCAAAGAGGCUAAAUCCAGUUCACCUCCUGAGAAUGAGCCUGAUAGCAAUGAUGGUCCAGAGAAAAAGGUACUAAAGCCGCCGAUGCCUCCAUCAAAAGAAGCCAAACCCUGUGCCUCACCUGUUGAAGAAGUUACAGAGCAGGCAAAACCUGACAAAGUGCCUGAAAUGAGUCCUGAUGCCAGGAAAAAGACAUGCCCACCACCAACUCCUCCCAACAAACCCAGCUCCAACAGCUCCAUGAGCAGUCUUGUAGAGACCUCGCAGUCCACAGCAAACUCCGACCCUCCUACACCUCCAUCCAAAGAGAAGAAGCCUUCUCCGCCUGCUGUGGAGCCAAUCCAACAGGCGCAAGGCACAUCUGAUGAGAAUACAAAGAAGGAAGAAAACAGCAAGAAAGAGAUAAAUCUGGAAACAAAUGAGGCAGAAGAGUCAAUUUCUAAAGAAGGUCUAACUCAUGUCAGAGAUAAUAAACCCGAAAGUCCUACGACAGAGGGAACCGUUUCUAAAGAAGAAUCAGGUGAGACUAUCAACAGUGACAUAAAGAGGGCAUCUGGUAAUGACCCAGAAGUACCCAUAGAGCAACUGAGAAAGGGUUCUAGUCCUCUUCUAACCUCCAAGAAAAAGCCUGACAAACUUGUUCAGCCUGAAACAUCGCACAUAGAGAACUGCUCAAUCAUAUCUCUGCCUAAUGAAGGACGGGACUCUACUGCCUCCGAUAACUCAGCAGGUUCUCUUCAAGAAGAGGAAGCACUGCCAAAGUGUGAAGGCUCAGUAGUUGUCUCUCUGAAUGACCCACCCAAUGACAGCCUCAACCUGAGUCCGCUGCUUUGUCACUUGUCCAGGGAGAAGGAAAAGAAGGCAGAGGAGAAAUCUGUAGAUAGCGGUCAGCAUUCGGAUGAUGAAAGCGAAAUCUCUGGGAGUGAAGACACACUGGCAGCUUCCACAGCUGCACUCAGGGGAAGCCACGCUGGUCUGGAUGUGUUGGAUGCCAGUGAGGAAGACACUCACAUGCCUGUUAUUUCCAGGCCACCAGUGGUCGCAACAAAGCCUCAGGUUAGACCAAAGGUUUUUCCCUGUCAACGCUUAGAGCCUGCCACCUCCUUUCAACCCUCAGUUAAGGCUCGAUCAGCCUCUUUUGGAGAUCUACUCUCUGACUCUGUGCUCUGUAUUCAGGUGAAACAGCCUAGCAGUGAUGGGGCUGGAACUGCAGGGGCUCCAAAUGAUGAUGUGCUAAAACUUGAGACUGAAGUAGCUCUUGAGAUGGAGAAGACGAGCAAGCUCCUGAGCAGAGUUUCCCAGGCUCAGGGAAGAGAUGAUGAGGGCAUACCCGAAAGUCUGCUGGCUAAAGCCAUGGAGAAGCUGGAGAAGGCCGACCAUGUCCUCAGGGAGGUCAAGAAACUGAAACUCGCCAGCAGCUCAAGCAACAGGAAGAGCUGGUGAAUGUUAGUGAUGGCAGACUUGGAACUGACUGAUCGUUAAACCCAUGACCUAAGCAGUGAUUGGUUUGUCAUAGCUCAAAAAUCUUAAACAGACCUGCCAAGCUUUUGAAUUGGCUAUACGUUUGCAUCAGGAUGAAGGUUAAGGGAUGAUCAAGGGAUGUAUACAAGAGUUAAAGGUUACAAAAAGGCCCAUUUAUGAUUGGCACAUCCAGCAUGUUCUAUCUUACCACUGUGUGGAGGCCCAUGCUGGAUGCUCUUUAUUGGAUUUGCAAAGGUUAACGCUCCAGCAACUCCCACAAGCAUCAAAUGCUUCCUAAAAGCCAUUUUCCUUAUGUUAAAAGCCAAUCAUAGCAUUUGAACAAAGACACCUUUUUUAAUCAACUGAUAAUGUGAUAAUGUUAUUAUGUUAGCUAGACUUUUGUAUACAUUUUUUUUAAUCUUCUUGAACCGGUGUCCCAAUCACCGUUUUGAAAAGAGUUUUCAAGUUGUAAUUUGUCACUGUUAUUAGUCUACACUGCACAUGUGCUGUGUGAGAUUGAAGUUGUUGUAUAGCCAGCUUAGUUGCAGAGUCUGGGUUUAAUGAACAGUCAGUUGAUGACAGAAGUGAUGAUUGUCGAUUGUUAUACAGCACAUGCAACUGUUCGCUCAUAAUUACCUAUGUGCAAUCAUUUCAUUUUCAAGUUUCUCUGCAAGCAUAAGAAAUGCUUAAUAUUCUACUCUGUAUUAUUUUUGUUGUAUAUGCAAUAUCAAACAUUUUAGGAUUUAAUAAUUACUUGAAGGAUAAUUUGAAAACUAAUUAUAUGAUAACUGUGAUAAUAUAAUAUAAGAACUAAUAUUAUGAUAACUAAAAUCAGUACUUUUAAUGCAUUGAGAACACACAAGACUACUAACAAGUCUUAAUACCAAACCAAAUUCCAGUCCUACUUUGUGAACUUGAGGGCUUUUUCUCCUAUUUUCACAUAGCAAGUUUUUGCUGAUAUUUUGUGAGGGAAUUUCUCGUGUACAUAGGCUAUUCUGAAAUUUUACUGCAGCAUAUAUGUUGUUUAUCAUUGAUAAAGAAAGAUGUAUGAAAGAGCAUGGUUCUACGCUGAGUAAAUAUUCAAGAAAGAUGCACCAACAUAGCUCAGGAGUUUUCUGAAAUUCGUCUUUGCAGACUAAUCGCAUGAUUAAAGCAAAUCAAAGAAUAUUUCUAUUUUAGAUAGAAUGUUUGCAGUUUAUUUUAUUAAUGUUAUAUUUUUCAUACUAGUAUUAUACACGGCACAGAACAAAGCACUUGUAGCAGCUCUCACUAACUCAUCUUACAUUUCAACUUGAUUUAAUUAUGUUUCAAUGAGGAAUAUGUACUUGUCAGUGAUGUCCUUAGGUACAAUCAUGGACUCAUUAAUGAAAAAUUUUUAUCCAGUGCUUGUUAACAGUGAUGGUAGUUUUUAAGACCCUUUGAAAUACAACGUGCCAUGUAGAGUAUGUAAGAAUAUUUUCCAACAAUAGAUACAGUUUUGUACUCUUUGAUAAAAUUUGCCAUUGUCCAAAUAAACAAAGGGAAACUA